UGCUGCCAUUUGAGCAGCUCUCUAUGUGUAUAUGUACAAUAGUGACCAGGUUACAAGGAAACUAAUGCAGGCACAGCUUCCGCCGCCUAGUUAAAAAAUAGUUCCUAAAGAAAACACAACGCACGCAGGGUUAUGAGAAACCCCACAGCUUUGCGAGUGUUCAGCCGAAUUACAUCACAGUCCGCCGUCACGAGGAGAUGGCAACCUGCGUAAAGCAUACAAUGCUCUUGCCACUAGGGACUUCAGCUUCUGAGCGCUUUCUCUUUGACACCAACUUUUUAAGUCGCCAAUUUAGCAGUCAAGUCAGCUGACAAGAUAGUCGGUACUACUUCUACACCCAGAAGAAGAGCUUUUCAUAGAGAACCAAUAGAAGACCGAAUAAUCAGGCAUUCUCCGCCCACCUUCGUCACAGUGGCGUGGGGAGGUGUGUUUGCCGGUUUCAGCUGAGUGGGUGGAACAAAUGGGCAGUCGGAGGUAUUCAGUUGGGGAACAUGACAGGAGAACCAUUAAUUGGACAGGACUGAAGGCUGCUUCUGCUGCUGACAGUGUAGAAGAUCAAGCUGUGCCAACCAUGAGGCUUAUUGGCAGGGCAGGUCGGGAGAGUGCCACGUUGGCUUUAAGUGUUUCUCCAGAUUCAGCUUUGGGCUCUGUCCGACAGAAAAAGAGUAAAAAACGCCUUGCAGAGUUGAAGUCAUUCAGUUUAGAAGAACCCCUUCAUGGAGAUGUGGGAGAGAGAGGAACCUUGACCAGGUCAAAAACAUAUGACCCACCCUCACCUCUGAGAUCUGAUCACAGCUCUUCAGUGGAAAGACGCAGAUCCAUUACUACCAAUUUACCAAAGCACAAUAUCACUUUCCACAGGAUAUUUCAAGAUGUCACCAAGGAAGAGGAACUAAAAGAUAGCUUCUCUUGUGCCCUCCAGCGUGAAGUUCUUUACCAAGGUAGACUCUAUAUUUCCUCCAACCACCUAGCUUUCUACUGCAACAUGUUGCGGAAGGAGAUUAAGAUAUUAAUUCCUGUCAGUGUAAUCAUUGUUCUGAAAAAGGCAAAUACAGCUCUACUAGUACCCAAUGCUCUCAGUGUAAGAACUGCGGAAGGAGAAAAGUAUCUGUUUGGAUCUCUAAGGAAUAGGGAGCUUUGUUAUCAAGCUGUCCGUGCAGUAUGCAGCAACUUACAGGAUGGCAGUGCUUGCAGCACCCCUUUGUCAUACUCAGGAGAGGCAAGUUUUGAGCAAAGCAAGGUUUUGAAUUCUAGCCACUCUGAUCUUGAACAGAACCGUCAGGAAUCGGACAGCACAGAUAUUUGCCCUACUGGUACAGAUGUUCAUUUUGAGAAACAAAUCCUGGUGAGAUCCGUUUCUAGUGAAGUGGAUGCAGUAACCUUGAGCCCCUGGAUAAAAAGGUUUUGCUUUUACUGGUCUCAUCCGGAUACAUUGGUUUGCGGAUUAUGGAGCUGGAAAAUCAACUAAGCAUUAUGGGAGCCUGGCCAAAUGGAGAAGAUAUUCAAGGGCUACAGGAUAGUUGAAUUUACAAGAGUACAAGUACAAGAGUUUGUAAAAUAUCAUUCAGGAUCUCUGCCGGCCAGAGGUGAAGAACAGGCUCCAUCAACAUGAGCUCAAUGAUGCUUCUGCACUUCAGAUGAUAUAAUCUAUUGUGAAAAAGCAGUGGUCAUCUUUCUAAAGGGCCAGGGUGAGAUGAUGACCCCAAAAAGAUAUAAAGAGGUUCUCAGCACUUUAUUCCCGCAGCACCACCAGGAUUAAUGACAAUCACUAAAACAUGAUCUAAAAGGAGAAAAGGGGAGGUGCACAACACAUUUCAAUUUGAUGUUUGCUGCCCCCCAUUUAUGAAACUAGAUUGUACAUCAGGUUUCAACACAUACUUUUGUAAAAAAAAAAAAAGUGUGCAUAUGAAGGAGAAGUUAAUUACAUCCAUUCCCUGUAUUCUGUUUUUUUUUGUGUUUUUUUUUUUGUGGGCAAGCCUCACAGGAUGGGGAAAAUAGGAGAAGAAAAUGUUUGCCAGGUAUUGUUGCUGGAAUCCUAACAGGAUGUUAAGGAUUCCAUUUAUGCUUGGUUUUAUGGGCAUCUCCUAACAAAUUGUUAUACAAAGUCUGUACAGUACCUGCUACAAGGGAAACAAUUAUAGAGGUUGGUUUGUAGGUUCCUCACACACACAUACAAACAUACGGUCAGUUAUACAUGGUAUGUAUGUUGUGAUUCAUGCUGAUGACCAAAAUGUGACUUGGACAGUGUUAUUUGUACUGGAGAGACUAACAGUUUCAUUUCAGGUUGGCACCAACUCUAAAGGGCUUGUAACAUUCACUAAUGCAUACAUGGUAAACUGAUAAAAUUUAUGUCAGGGGGUUUGUUACUUUGCAGCGAAACGGUUCACUCUACCAAGCAGGAAGUUAGAAGUUAAUAAAUAUGAGAAAAAAAAAACAUGCUGAGGGACUGUACUAAUAUAUUUAUUUAUGCCACAAGAUCAAAACAAUAUUCAGGUUUUCUUUAGCCUAGUCAAUACUCAGUGUGAAAGUAUUUUCCAUAUUGUGGCUUUAUAUAGUGUACAUACAAAAGAGCAAAGCAAAUGAUGUAUUUAUAUUUUCAUGCUGAAAAAAUCAGACGUAUCGGGCAAGGGGCCUGCUUCAUGACACCAAAACCCUGGGCAUGAGCAUGGAGGUGAAAGUGUAGCAUGGUGCAUUUGUGUCUGUCCACAAGCAACCAAGGGAUUAUCCGUUGCAGAUUGUAAUUAUAGGACCCUGUGCACACUGACUGACUGUGGUUGUCUAUGCACUGUUACAUCUGCCAGAAAGCAAUUGGGAUGCACUUGUAUGGCAAGUUUGCACUCUGUUGUCUACUUUGUAAGGGAGCCCUCCAGUCCUAAUGCGCAAAUACACUACAUUUAUAAGCACAGGCUAUCGUUAAAAAAAAUAAAUAUGAAAAAGAAAAUUGUUUUUGUAAACAGUGAACAUACUUGGAUAAUGUAGUAACAUGUAUGCUAAACUGCAUGAGUGUGUCAGAAAAUAUCUGAUUGAAUGCUGCAAGUAACUGCACAUGUCAAAUUAACAUCUCCACAUGUUUAUAUUAAUACAAUAGACAAUCUGGGUUCUUUGGAAGGCAAUGGAGAGUACUUAAGAUGAGUAUAUUAUCAGUGGAAAUGUACUUUACCUUCAGAUUUUUCUGUCAGUUUAAAGAAAAACAUAACCAUGCAUAAUUUUGUAAAAUGUAUGAUAUUUAUAGAUGGGGUGUAUUUCUUACGGUCAAGCAACAUAAUUAGAAUUGUUUCCAUGACAGAAUUGAGAAAUUUGCUUCAGUGCAGUAUGAUUAAAAAAUCAGUAUAUGCCUGAUGAUUAUCAGUAAGCAUGCUCAGGUGCUAGGCCCAGUGCCCAUUAAAUAAGCAGAAAAACAUUGUUUUAUUAUAUGGAAAAGAAGAUGUUCAUAACAUGUUAAUUAUCCAUAUACCCCUUUUGCUAAAAAGACAGAACAUUCGUUCAGGAACAUUCAGAUCAUUGUGAUCUCAGAACACAAAGAAUCACAUUUUAAGUUUAGGACCAAUAAGUUUUUCUUGUAUUUAUCUUGAUUUUUGUAAUAUAAUUUAAUACAUGUAUCAAAAAGAUUUGUAUGCAGGUUAUUUAUGUAUGUUGCUGUGUGUCUUUUUUACCUGAUAAAAUGAUUUUCCUACACUAUAAUAAAUGGAAUUUUAUGUUU